GACUGUGUCUCCUAAAAGGAAAGCAGCCAUACUUGGCGAUCUUUGACCAGAGCGAUUCAAAGUCUCAUUUUCAUGAGACUCUAAUUCCACUUCGAAUGUAUUUUCAAUUAUAAAUGCAAUUUAUAUAUGUAUAUGUCAUAGAAAGAGAGAAAGAGGGGGGAGGGAGACGAAGACGUUCUGAAUUUUUUUGUCAAAACCAGAGUUAAAUAUAACACGGGAAAGUGCGGAACGUUUCGCCGUUCCGUUUGCGCCUACGGAUUACCUAAACGCCGAAUAAAAGCGAGACGGAGCUCAUGAAAGCUGAUCCAAAUGUAAUGUUACACACACACGCGAUACGCAUAUUGCACUCUUCGCGGGGGCCUGUACCGGAGUUAGGUAGCCAGUAAAAAAAAAAAAUCCAACCCUACCACCGUGCGCGAUACAUAUUGCACCCGCUCCCGAUCGAAAACACUAGCAACAGCAGCAGCAGCCUUGGAGAAAACAUCUGAUUCGGUUUUGCGGCAGCAGCGGUGUACUUAAUUUGAGUUAAUUAACGAAGUGCGCGUUGCGACCGGACGCUCUCGUGUACGCGUAAAAUUCUGAACGGAGUGAAAAACGGAGUUCGCUUUCAUGGAUCUAAUAAUAUUGUCGCGCAAUAUAUAUAUGCGAUUAUGAGACUGUUGUAAUAAAUCGGUCACGCUUGUUAUGCGCUCGUCGAGAUAUACCGUCGGGUUCGAUAAUUGUAACCUUGAGCGCGGCCACGAUUGCGAGUCGGCGUGUCGAGCGGGCGAGGGGACGUCGGGUCCGGCGGGUUCACCAGCGACGUCAAAUCCCCGAGGAUCCUGUGGGUCGCGCGCGGCGCGGAACCUGGACGUCAGAAGCUGGAGCCUAACCUAAGAUGCGAACAUUCGUAGACGCGUUUUUGCUGCUGGGAAUUCAUCUGGUUUACUGGUCCCUCGACACGGUGACGGCCAUCGGAGGGGCCCUCGAUUCCACCCCGAUCUUUCAGACCGGUUCCUCGAGCACUUCACAUUCCAAAGCUUUCACCGCCAGUCUCAGCGAUGGACUGGCGCAAGCGGUGGCUCACGAGUCCACUACGGAUAACUGUAAUGAAGACCUAGCUUGUAUCACCAUGGUUUCGAACGAUCGACUAGGUUUAGAAGCUAUAAAGUCCCUUCACAGCCAAUUGGACGAUGAUGCCAAUGGAAAUGUUGAUCUGUCUGAAUCAGAUGAUUUUUUAAGAGAAGAACUGCAAUACGAAGCUGGCUACGAGCGAAGGCAACGAGCUUUCCAUCACAACGAUGAUAUGCACAUUAGCGUGCGAGAACUCUGGGAGGCUUGGUUACGAUCAGAAGUUCAUAAUUGGACUAUAGAACAGACAGCAGAAUGGUUAACUUCCAAUGUUGAGCUUCCACAAUAUGUUCCUACUUUUAUACAGCAUCGUAUAACAGGUGCCACUCUUCCUCGAUUAGCUGUGAACAAUAUGCACUAUCUUAGCAAUGUUUUGGGUGUUAAAGAUCCGAUUCACAAGCAAAAAAUUGCUCUCAAGGCAAUGGAUGUUGUUUUGUUUGGACCUCCUAAAGAUACUGGGCACAGCAUCAAAGAUUUGAUAUUAGUCACGUUGUUAUUCGGAGCACUUAUCGGAUGCUGGUACGCGUAUCAACAAAAGAAAAACUCACAAAAACAUCUUCACAGAAUGAUGAAAGAUAUGGAGAGCUUGCACAAGGCGGAACUUGCACUCGAAAAUUUACAGAAAGAGCUUGAAAGGGCGAGGAUGGAGCAGGAGAGCGCGGCCACUGAGAAGCAGAAUUUGGAAAAACGUUUGCAAGACGAAAGCUUGGGGUUACACACUUCGUAUUCGGAUCUCGAAGUUUCGCAAUUGAAAGCGGAAAUUGAAAUGCUGAAAAUAGAAUUGCAACGAGCGGAGGGAGAACUUGAGGACAGAUGCUGGUCACCACCGGCUGGAUUGCAACAUUGGUUGCAAUUAACGCACGAAAUCGAGAAUAAAGCGUAUACAAAUAAGAAAAUCGCGGCUGAGAAGCAGCUUCAACAAGCACGGGAAGCGUGCGAAAAAUUGCGUAAGAAACGGUCCAGUCUCGUGGGUGCGUUUGUCUCGACUCACGGGAAAUCGAUUGACGAGGUAGACAAGAGUAUAGUUGAAGCCAGAACCGCGUUGAACGAAGUGACAACCGAGCUCAAGGAAAGAGUACAUCGUUGGAAACAGAUUGAGCUGCUCUGCGGCUUCAAUAUAAUCAACAAUAAUGGAUUGAAUUACUUAGAGACCAUUUUAUACAGAGGGACACCGAAUGGUCGAGGUCUUGGAUUAAGAGGACGACUCAGUAGCCAAGAUGAUUUAGACGAUGAGGCGAGUUCGGUAUACACAUCGGUCAGUGCGCACGCUGCAGGUAUAAUGGAGAACUCAGUGUGGAAGGAAUCGUCGGUACCGCCCGCAGGUCGACUCGGAAAUGAACUCUCCGAUUCCUCGAGCAGCGACGCGGAGCGGGAGUCGCAUCAUGGAGGAACCGUUCACUUCGUUCUAGGCGACGGACCGGAGGAGCCUGUCGGAGUACCCGGUGGCAAGAGUACGACGUACUGCAGCAGCAAAGAGAAGGUCGGCAUGGUGCGUUCUUACAGUCAGGACACGAAUAUGCUGGCGAACGAGGACAAAACUUCGUACAUGCAGAAAACAUCGUACUCGGAGAACUCGCUCGAUGUUUCGGACAGGUCUAGCUAUCGGUCCGCGAACGCAACAUUGACGACCACAGCAGCAGCAGCAGCGACGACAACGACGACGACGACGACAACAACGAUGACGACCGCGGUGACGGCAGCGACGAGCAGCAUCAAGAAACCGUUCCGGGAAUUACCUACUCUAGUAUCAAUCGACGACGAGACGCUCUCGACCGAUUCCAAUUCAACCGCCGACAACGACGAGCUUAAGCGAAGACGCAGGAAGUUGUUUCCACCCUUUAGAAAGAAUAAAACUAAAGUUACGUGAUGUUCGCUAGUCACAUAAAAUCCCGUUUGUUACUUAUGUAAUCGCAAUCCAAUUUACGAUCGAAUUGUGUAGUUGUACUUAAGUCGCAACCACGCGUGCCACUUAAGGAUUAUUUUAUCAGUAAUUAUUAGGUAUUAUUAUUGCGUGAUAUGUACCGACACACGACAAACAAAGACAUUACACUUACACACACGCUUUUUUUCUCUUACACACAAACACACACGCGCACACGCACACACAAAGUCUCUCUUCUUUUCCUUGUCUCUCUGUUUCACGGUCUCUCUCUCUCUCUUUUUUUCUCUCUCUUUACACGCGUUAUAGAGAUACAUUGUUUGUUGUUGAACCCGCUGUUCCUUUCCACUUUGCCAAGUCCGCGUGCGCGUGUCUCGAUCCACGCGCAAAGUAGUGUAAUUACCAAGCAAUUAAGCGGAGGACACUACCGGAAAGACACGUUCGACUUUAUACAUAAAUACAUCUUAGAUACGAAUAGAUUUUUAGAAUUGUAAUAUUGUGGGAAGUUCGAAUUAUAUAUAAACAUAUAUUUUUUGGUACGUAUUAUAUCAGGAGACCGAGGGCGGCGACUGGCUCGUAGGGUCGAGCGCCUUGAUGACGUAAAAAAAAAAACAAAUUUCCAAUUCUUCUCUCUGAUGCACUCUUCGCGAGCAAUCGAUCGCAAAAGAUAAAACAAAAAGCAAAAACCGUGACCGAGACCGACGAACGUGCGUUACGUUUUUGUUGACGAGUCCAGUCGCCGGCUUGAGACAUUCUCCGGAUUUUGAUCACGAACUUUUAUGAAGUAAGAUUUUUUCACGAUAUAACAUUUAGGGAUAAUAAUUAAUACGAUUAGCGUAAUCUUUUUUAUCGCGAUAUAAUUCCGUAGUUUUAGUCAUUUGGGUACUGGGCUGGGUUACAAUUCGAUGUUGAAUUUAUUCGUUACACGUAAACACACAUCCACACACACACACACACACACAUAUACACACACUCUAUCUCGUCUAAUAUGCGUAUUACUACGUUUUGUAUCGAGGUAGUUUUAUAAACAAUUGUACGCAACAAAAAAAAAAGAUAUCCGUGCGUCAACUUACCGUCCACAUAUGUAAUGGCAAUAUCACGCUACGGCGAAACGGAAACGUUGUAAUACAUUUUAUACAUUUUGUACGUAUAAAUUUUCGCAGAUCGUUUAUCGAAUAUUGCCGCACAAGACUCGAUUCGAUCGAACGCCCGAGAUAUUCAAUCGUCUUUUUGUCGAAAUUUCCCGAAUUCUCGUGUGUGUUGUUGCUGCCUUGAUAUAUCGAUAUUUAAAUUACAUAUACCGCGUAGAGAAACGUUCAGACAACUUGACGCAAUAAUGAGUAAAAAAAAAAAAUUCAAUUUAUAAAAUAAAUUUGUAAAUAUCGCAAAAUUAGGGGAUUGUUAUAUAUAAAUGUUAGAACUUGUUCGCGGAUAAACUCAAUUUUAGUUUCCGAGGAGCGCGUUUUCGAAGUCUUCUGUAGAUUUCUGUGCUUCGAAUCUUGAUAUUUAUUGAUGAAAAAAAAAAAAGAAAAACGAAAACAAAAAUAAUACUAUUUGUUUAACACGACACACAACCUCAUGAUCAGUUUAUUAAUUUUUACCCUCACAUCUGUACUUGCACUCAGCUCAGAAUUUAUAAAUGGCUUAUAUAUAUCGCAGAGCGGGGCUGGAACCUCGCUGUAUUUUUAUUUUGUUACUUGUUGAAAAUUUUUUUCGUGUCGCACCGUCACACUCACGAACCGCCUGCAAGAUACAAUAUUCCGCGAUAAAUUCCCAGUAUGUUUUUUGUUUCUUUCUUUCAUAGCUUUGGCAAGUUACUUUAUUUUUUUUAUAAUUAUAUAUAUAUUAAUUUUAUUAUAUUCCUGUCUUAGUGUAUACGCUCAAUUAUGUUAGUCGCACGAUUUGUCAGCAGAUAUUAUUUACAGCCAUUUUUACAAAAAUUGAAAUUGUUCCGAGUGACUUUUCGAUAGAAAAUUCACAUUUUGCGACCAGAGUGACACAUUUAAAUCUCACGUGACGCUGAGAUCCACGUGACGUAUUCGUGAUUUUCUCUGGAAUCUCUUUCGUAUUUCAUAAAAUUACAAAAUUAAGUUAGAAUUGGAUGCGCGCGAUUGUGUUGACAAUUAACUUAACGGGUGACAAUCGAUACAACGUGUUUUGUCAUAAAUUGUGCGCGUCGUUAACAAAUUUGCUCAAGUUUCGUCGACGAACAUUCGAACGAACAGGAAGACACAAAACAAUUUAUAUUAUCGGAUCUUGCUAUUGCUAUCUCGAAUGUUCAUCAAUGAAUAAAAAAAGAAAGAAGAUUGAAAUGUGUCAACUUCUCUCGGCGCAAUGUGAUUUGAAAGUAGAGUCGCUGAUUCUCCACAAAACGUUCUUCCUUAGAGAGAAGACUCUCCGAGAUGCAAUGAAUUUUUUUUUUUUUUUUCACGAAGGACAGUUUCUAAGGCUAUGUGUUACGCUACGUGUUACUUUUUUGAAAUGUGAAUGAUAGAUCUGAUCCUAAUUUAUCUUAUUAGAUUUAAGAGGCGAAUGUUUUCGAGGUUUAUAGUCUAUCGCGCCACACAAAUCUCCGUUGAGAGUUGAAUAUUAUAUAUUUUAGGACACAUUUUAGAGACAGCAAACAAAAACAAAAAAACAAAAAUAACAAAAUAAACCGUUUAAUUGUAAAGCUUGUAUAUCCGAUAUUUAAAUUAUUAUUAUUAUUGUUGUUAUUCUUAGUGCAAUGUGUUACGACAAUGUGUCACGCGCGAAUUGCAACGCGCGUGCGUCUUCCCUGUAAUAUAUAAAAUAUAUAUAUAUAUAAAAAGUAACAUUUUACAAAAAUAAAUGAACAAACGUGUGUCCGCACACAAAACAACGCUCUUUUUUUUUGACGAAACUCCCCUUACAUAAAAUUUAUACGUGUAAAAUUGUCCACAUUAUAUUUUCAAGGUUUUAGACUAUCUCAUAGAUAUCAAACGCAAUAAUCCCCGAACUGUGUUUGAGAAAACUGUGUGAGCCGAAUCGAUUUUAUAAACAUUUUUAUUUGACUUGUUUUGCAACGUGUCGUGGUUGUCAAUUGCUUCUAAUAAAUUACCCGAUCAAAUUUUCACGACGUUAUCAGUAUGCAAUUUCCGGUAUUGAUGUAAUUCAAAGAAACGGGAGGGGGAGAGUUAAACGAGUGGUUCGCACGAAUCUCUUUAAAGAAAAUAAAGUUUCUCGCGACACGCAACUCCGCGUCCGCACGGCAGAACAAUGUUCUGUUUAAUAUGAAGUGUGUGAUUUGACUCGCAAUUUCAACUAAUUUACAUGGGCAAACAUCGCGGUUGUAAUUCACGUGUGUGAAUUGGUUUUGUUUUUUUUUUUUUAUUUUAUUUGCUAUAUAUAUAUAUAAAUUAUCAUUUUAUACGUAUAUUGUACAAUAUAACACGCACAAUAUGUACACACAGCUCUCGAUGUAACGAUCAUCAAACGAUUUACUGGUUACCGAGACUAGUAUAAACUAUAGAGGUCUUCGACCACUUACGACGAUUGGUGUAAAUGGUAGUGCAAUACACGAAAGACUCAGAUGCGAAACCGACUUUUUAACCUUUUCUUUCGAUGUAAUUGUUUCUUUGUUUUUACAACGGUAUAAAAAAUGUAUAUAUUGACGGGAAUCGAUUCAAACGAAACGAUUUCUAACUUCUCGCAUGUACGUACGUACAUACGUCAAAAUUUUGUAUUUCUGGCAGUGUGCGAUUUUUUCUAAUAUUUUUUUGUUUUUUAGAUUUUGAGAGAUUAAAGUUGCGUUUUCUUCCCUCAAACGCAUCGAACGAUUGUUUUUUGUUUUUUUUUUUUACAUCCGAGUCUUUCACACAAAGUUAAAUAACCACAUGUACAAUAUAGUCAGUCUUAUAACGUAAAAAUACAAAUAUACAACAUAUCUGCGUACGUAUGGACAGACGGACGGACUACUUCGUUAGAUAUAUCCGCACGAGAGAGUAACAGAACGUGAGAUAUAGAAUCAAUUCUGAAUUCGCGGUAUCGAUUCAGUUCAAAUCUGCAUUGUGCUCAUAAAAUCGCGGAACACAUAUAGUAUAUAUGUAUGUACGUUAUUAUUUAUAAAUUUAUUAUUCAUAUAUUUGUAUAUAUUAGAGAUAAUAAGCACCGAUUUUUGUUUUUCUCAAUAACGUUUGCAUCGUUUCGGACAUAUAUAUGGGAGCUUCGUUGCCGUGCUAGAAUAACGUGUAUUUUCGUAUAUAACGUGUGUAUAACGUAUUUUUCGUUAAAAUCCAGGUACGGAUUAUCGACAUGCAACAACAUCGAGUUCGCGCGAUAUAGCAACACUCUUUAAAAUCUCUAUCACGUUUUCGCGCUCUGUUUUUUUUUCUUUUUUUUUUUUUUCACUUGGCUCAAGCGACAACAAUGUUCUAAAGACGUGUAUAAAACGCGCGUCGAUCAUAAAUAUAUAUAAAUUUAUGUAUAACAUGCUACAAACUACACGCGCACGCAUACGUACACACAUACACGCACACACAGGUAUAUUACCGCAGUGAAG